UGUUUGGCAGCACUACUUCAACAAUAUAAUAUACUAUUAAAAAUGAUUUUUAAAAACCAUAUGGUAGAUUAAUAAUUAUCAUUCAUUUUAAGUCUGUAUAUGAAUGUGUAAACCUACCAUAUUAUAAUGUCUCUUAAAUUAUCACCACAAUCUCCAGUAGAUGAUGGUCAAAAUAUAGCGCUAAACAUGUGCGAUAGGCAACUUCGGCAAUACGCGCACCGGUUUCAAGUGCCCCGAAUAACAACGCGUUUGCCAUUUAAACGCAACCCAAUUGACGUGAGCGCUGAGCACCUGCUGUACUCGUGGGCCAAUUGGGUGUAUCCGUACAGUUCGGUGUCGCGCAACCGGUUCGACGCGUUCGCAAGUCUCGGCCAAUUCUCCGCAUUUGUCUAUCCCUUCGGCCGUCAAGAUCUGCCCGAUAGGUUUGCAAACACAGCAAAAAUAAUUAUCACCAUGUUCAUUUUGGAUGAUCACUACGAAGAAAGCUGGGGUGACGGCCGGGGCCGGCGCCUAGAUUUGUGCAAAUCAUUUUGGGGCGAAUGGGAAUCAAUGAUAGACAAACUAGAGGAUCCGGUGGCGGCCCCGGUACCCAUCACACACUGGGCGCCCUAUUUGGUGGGCACUUACGCUACUUUAGACGCCGUCGCCAUUGAUUUAGAUGCGGUUCAAAGACGCAGAUUUGUUGCCUUAUGGCGGCCGUACGGCGCGGUCAAUGUGGCCGAAACUAUGCUCAUCAAGACUAGGCUACACGAGCUGACCAGUGUAAAGCAAAUAUUUGAUAUUCGAAUGCAUACGAUCGGUACGCAACAAUUGAUGAUGCUCAGCGAGUACGUGGAAGGAGUGGGCUGCACCGACAGGCCGGGUAUGACCAAAGCCGAGUGGGCGUCACCCCUAUGGCAGCGCUAUCUGCGCGAGUGUUGCGAACACAUGAUAUGCGUGAACGACAUGUUCUCGUUCGAAAAGGAGUACCGCCAGGAGUGCGGCAAUUUGGCCAACAUGUUCAAUGUGGUGGCGCUCACCACACGACUGGCGCCGGGCUCUACCGUAUCCGACGGUAUGCGACAAAUUGUAGCCCGUAUUGAGGCCUAUGAAUGCGCUAUCGUCGACAUAUACAGGGAUAUUGUGACCGGUGAUAAGGAUAGUAGAAAUGGUGAGCCCAGUAGCCGUGCGAUGCGCCGAAUGGCUGACCGAAUGUUGUAUUUUGUCGGCGGUAACUAUAAGUUUCACACCGUAUGCGACAGAUAUCGACGAUUUUCGGCGAUCAGCGAAUGUUAA